AUGAAAAGUGAAUCCAAAAAAGAAAUAGAAGGGCCUCUAGAGCUGUACUUCGAGAUCAAGAAGCAAAGGGAAAAUAUAGUAUCUCCUGUGGAUACAAUGGGAUGCUUUAUCACACCACCUUACCGUACAGAAGAAGAGAGAAGGUUCCAUAUCCUUGUUUCUCUUCUAUUGUCCUCCCAGACAAAGGACGAGGUUACACACGAAGCCAUGGAAAGGCUGAGGGAACUUCUUCCGGAGAAUGCUGCCAUUGAUGAUAAUAUUCGCAGGGGGCUGACCAUAGAGAACAUAGUGAACUCAAGUGUUGACCACAUCAAUGAGUGCAUCAAGAGAGUAGGAUUCCACAACAAAAAGGCUGAGAACUUGAAGAAGAUUGCCGAAAUCUUGAAAAAGAAAGGCCUACCAAAGAGGAUGGAGGACUUAACAUCCCUUCCUGGCAUCGGAAAUAAGAUGGCCAUUCUUUACAUGAACCAUGCAUGCGGUAAGGUUGUUGGGAUAAGUGUGGACACUCAUGUCCAUAGGAUAUCAAACAGAAUAGGAUUAGUCAAGACUAGAGAUGUCGAAGACACCAGAGAAGGCUUGGAAAAGAUUAUCCCAAAAAAGGAAUGGAAGACAAUAAACAGAAUCCUGGUUGGGUAUGGCCAAACGAUAUGUGUUGCAAGAAGGCCAAGAUGCGAAGAGUGCUGUAUCAGGAGUAGGUGUCCCAGUAGCCUUUUUAAUAGGAAAGCAUCAGCAUUAAAAGAAGAAAUAUUUUAUUCAGUAACUUCAAUUGCUCCUGUAUCAACCAUUUCUCCUAGUUGA